CGAGAUUUAUGGAAUAAAGUAGCCCGAUUAGAAGCUUCAGCAAGAAGGGAAGAUAGAUAAACUGAUAGAUAUAAAUUGAAGGCCAUUGGAACAACUAUCGUAGGGACUGGGUUUUGUUAUAGUUCUCAUUAUACUUUCACUUUGAACGUUUUAGCUUUUCAUCGUUUCUAAAUUUUUACGUUUUUAUAUAUUUACAUUUUUAUCUUUUUAUAUUUUUGUAUUUUUGUAUUUUCACACCAUUACUUUAUUGCAGGUACAUUUUCGCUCAACAUUUCAGCAGUUGCGAUUUUUUAGCAUAUGAGCAUUUGAGAAAUUUUAACAAAACAUGAACAAACCAGGAAUUUCACGAAAACUAGCUGUUGUUGGUGCUAGAGGAGUAGGAAAAUCUUCACUAACUGCCAGAUACACACAAGAAAAAUUCCUAGAUUCCUACUAUCCAACAAUUGAAAACCAAUUUUCCAAAGACGUCACAAUAGAUAAAAAGCUUUAUAACCUAGAGAUAUUGGAUACUGCUGGCCAAGAUGAGUACUCCAUGAUGAAUGACAAACACUUGAUUGGUAUCCAUGGAUACAUAUUAAUUUACUCAGUCACUUCAAGAUCCUCCUUUGAGCUAAUCUCAACCAUUAGGGAAAAGAUCGUUGAUUCCAUUAUACCCCUAAGCGAUGGUGAUUCUGUUGACAUUCCCUUUGUUAUAGUGGGCAAUAAAACAGACUUGAAUGCUCUGAGACAGGUUCCAACUACAGAAGGUGAAGAGCUAGGCAAAAAAUUCAACUGCCCUUUCAUUGAAGUCAGUGCAAAGGAUAACAUCAACGUUGACAAGUGUUUUAAGUUGGUAUUGACCACUGUUAACAAGUUUAUUGAUCCUCCCAUCUCUAAAGAGUCCAACUGUUCCAUUGUUUAAACAGCCUCCUCACUCAUACUGGCAUUCCUUCACACCUAAUCUCUAAUCUCUAAUCUCUAAUCUCUAAUCUCUAACCUUCAAUCUAUAAUAUAUCUUUCUCUUCUCAGAAAUGUCUCUUUAAUUGAAUAUUUCUAUAAUUACAUAUCUCCUACCUGCUAAAAACCCACAUACACUGAACUCGUUUUCCUUUGGAUGUGGAAGU